UGCAUCUUCCGUCAUCCGAACACCCAGCUCCGAUUGCAUCUUCCGCCCGGAUUACGGAUAACUUCUCUUUGCCGGACAAACCGCUCAAGACUGAUCCGCUGUACAGUAGGCUUACAACCUCGCCACAGUUGCCAAUUCCUCCCUAGGGAGCCUCUCUUCUCUCUUUUAAUCCUACCGGACCCCCUCUUUCUUACCGAUCACGAACUUCGACUCCAUCGCAAUGGCCUCUUCCACGCACCAAGGCCGCCUGGCCGACCUCCUCCCUCCCUCGUGGAAGACCUCCGUCACCGCCUGGCUCGCAGAAGACACGCCAUCCAUGGACUACGCCGGCUUCGUCGUCGGCGAGGCCCCCCGGGUCGCUACCCUCUGGGGCAAAUCCGCGGGCGUCAUCGCCGGCCGACCCUUCUUCGACGAGGUCUUCACCCAGUGCGGCUGCACCGUCGAGUGGCAUGCUGAGGAGGGCACCGAGCUUGAUUUGUCCGCAAACGGCGGCAAGAUGCGCGUUGCCACGGUCCGCGGACCGGUCCGCGGCAUCCUCCUCGGCGAGCGCGUCGCCCUCAACACCCUCUCCCGCUGUUCCGGUAUCGCCCGCUCCAGCCGCGACCUCGUCGGGCGCGUCCGCGCGGCGGGAUACACGGGAAUUCUCGCCGGCACGCGCAAAACCACGCCCGGUUUCCGCCUCGUCGAGAAGUAUGGCAUGUUGGUUGGCGGCGCCGACGCCCACCGCAUGGACCUGAGCUCCAUGAUCAUGCUCAAGGACAACCAUGUAUGGAGCCGCGGCAGCAUCACCGACGCCGUCAAGGCCGCCAAGUCGGUCGGCGGCUUCAGCGUUAAGAUCGAGGUCGAGGUACAGAGCGAGGCCGAGGCGGACGAGGCCAUCGAGGCGGGUGCUGAUGUUGUCAUGCUUGACAACUUCACUGGUGACGGCGUCAAGAUUGCGGCGCGGAGUCUGAAGGAGCGAUGGCAGGGCAAGCGACACUUCCUCCUCGAGGUAUCAGGAGGACUGACACCGGAAAAUGUGAAGCCGUACGUGUGCAAUGACGUGGACAUUAUCUCGACGAGUUCAAUCCACCAGGGGGUACCUCACGUAGACUUUUCCCUCAAGAUCGAGCAUUAGAUGUAAAAGGAAACAAGAUUAAUACGGUAAAUAAUAUCUGCAACCUCGGUG